GCAGUACAGUAGAUCACUGUUAGCAGAUCCAUACCAACCUACUCCUUUAGUUCUUAUCCUGUUUGUUGAGAGAUCAUGUCUGGAGUCAAGGGUGGUGGAGGUGGAAAAAGAGGAUCAUUUGACAAGGGCAAAAAUACUAACCCAUGUGUACCUGAUCAGCCAUACCAAGGUAGCAACACUGCCCAGGCAUGCACAGCAGGCCCUGUUGAGACUUUCCAGCAAGGCCAGGUUGGCCAGAUAAGUGGCGGUUACACAAGUGCUGGAGGAAGCUAUGGAGCAGACUUUGGAAGAGAUGAUAUAAGCCAGAUUAGUGGAAGUGGCAUCAGCCAGAUUACUGGAAGUAGCAUCAGUGGAAGUGGAGGAAGUGAUGUCAUCCAGAUUAGUGGAAGUGGCAACAGUGGAUAUGGAGGAAGUGAUAUCAGCCAGAUAAGUGGAAGUGGCAUCAGUGGAUAUGGAGGAAGUGGCAUCAGCCAGAUUAGUGGAAGUGGCAUCAGUGGAUGUGGAGGAAGUGAUAUCAGCCAGAUUAGUGGAAGCAGCAUCGGUGGAAGUGCAGGAAGUAAUAUCAGCCAGAUUAGUGGAAGCGGCAUCGGUGGAAGUGCAGGAAGUAAUAUCAGCCAGAUUAGUGGAAGUGGCAUCAGUGGAUGUGGAGGAAGUGAUAUCAGCCAGAUUAGUGGAAGCGGCAUCGGUGGAAGUGCAGGAAGUAAUAUCAGCCAGAUUAGUGGAAGUGGCAUCAGUGGAUGUGGAGGAAGUGAUAUCAGCCAGAUUAGUGGAAGCGGCAUCAGUGGAAGUGCAGGAAGUAAUAUUAGCCAGAUUAGUGGAAGUGGAGGCUGCAGCAGCCAAAUUAGUGGGAGUUACAGCAGUGGAGGAAGCUAUGGAUCUGGCAGUGGAGGAACGAAAAAAUGAAGAUCAAAAUCAAGAUUAGAAUUGUAAAGCACAUUUUUAAAAAUCUUUGUUAACCCAACAGGGGCAAAUGAUUGGAAAAAAAAAAUCUUUACUUUUUUUCUUUUUUCUAAAAAGUUCACUCUUUAAAUCCGAAUAAACAAGCAGAUUAAAGCAAC